GGCUUUUGAUCUACACACAUGAGUCUCCCUCAAAGUUUGGCAAAAGUCCUGCCCUGCUCUACAGUCCUGUUGCGUCUCUGACAUGGAGGAAAUGCUGUCAUUCUGGGAUGUGGCCAUUGAUUUCUCUCCAGAAGAGUGGGAAUGCCUGGAGCCUGCUCAGUGGAAUUUGUACAGGGAUGUGAUGUUGGAGAAUUACAGCAACCUUGUGUUCCUUGGUCUUGCUGUCUCUAAGCCAUGCCUGGUGACAUUUCUGGAGCAAAGGCAAGGGCCUUGGGAUGUGAAGAUACAGGCCUCUGGCACCAUGCACCCAGGAAGAACACCCAGUGAUUGUAACAAUUACAUCAAGGUCAUUGAUUGUAAAUCACUUCUUAUUCAACGCCAGAAAAUUCAUACAGAGGAGAAACCUUACAAGUGUGAGGAAUGUGGUAAGGCCCUUAGUUCUCACAAAACACUUUCUAUACACCAGAGACUUCAUACUGGAGACAAACCCUACACGUGUAAAGAAUGUCAUAAGACCUUUAAUACUCGUGCAUCACUUUUUAUACACCAGAAAAAUCAUACUGAUGAGAAAACCAACAAGUGUGAAGAAUGUGGCAAAUCAUUUCAUUAUUUUUCAAUGCUGAAGCAACAUCAAAGAAUUCAUUCUGGAGAGAAACCCUACAAGUGUGAAGAAUGUGGAAAGGCACUUAGUUCUCAAAAAACCCUAUCUAUACACCAGAGACUUCAUACUGGAAACAAACCCUAUAUGUGUUCAGAAUGUCAUAAGACCUUUAAUACUCGCUCAUCACUUUUUAUACACCAGAAAAAUCAUACUGAUGAAAAACCCUACAAGUGUGAAGAAUGUGGCAAAUCCUUUUGCUAUCCUUCAUUCCUUAAGCAACAUCAAAGAAUUCAUUGUGGAGAAAAUCCCUACAAGUAUGAAAAAUGUAAUGCACACCUUCAGGAAUAUCAAACAAUUCACACUGGAGAGAAACCAUAUAAGUGUGAAGAAUGUCACAAAGCCUUUCGUUAUCACUCAGCUCUUAGGAUACACAAGACAGUUCAUAGUGGAGAGAAACCCUACAAGUGUGAAGAAUGUGGCAAAUGUUUUUCCUCAUCUUCAUGCCUUAGACGACAUCAAACAAUUCACUCUGAAGACAAUCCCUACAAGUGUGAAGUGUGUGGCAGACGUUUUUGCUCAUCUUCAUCCCUUAGAAGACAUCAAACAUUCCAUUCUGAAGACAAUCCCUAUAAGUGUGUAGAAUGUGGCAAAAGGUUUUCCUGUUCUGCAAGCCUUCAGGAACAUCAAACAGUUCACACUGGAGAGAAACCACACAAGUGUGAAGAAUGUCACAAAGCCUUUCGUUAUCACUCAGCUCUUAGGAGACACAAGAGAGUUCACACUAGAGAGAAAUCCUACCAGUGUGCAGAGUGUGGCAAAUGUUUUUCUUCAUCUUUAUGUCUUGGACGACAUCAAGCAAUUCACACUGAGGACAAUCCCUACAAAUGUGCAGAGUGUGGCAAAGCCUUUGUUAAUCUUUAUAGCCUUACUCGACACAUGAUAGUUCAUACUGGAGAGAAAUCCUACAAAUGGCUUAAAAAGUUUCCUUGUUCAGACCUUAAGACACAUCAAGUGACUUAUUCUGAAAAAACAAAAGAAGCACACACUAGACUUCCGGUUAGGUGCCUGCACAGAAUUCUGGGAUGUGUAGUUCAUGCGAUUGUGACAUCACAAGGAGCCGUCCAGGAAAUUCCAAUUGAGCUUUCGUUUUUGUACAGGUGCGUCUUCCUCAAACUUGGGCGAGAGUCCUGCCCUGUCCUACAAUCCUGUUGCGUCUCUGACAUGGAGGAAAUGCUGUCCUUCUGGGAUGUGGCUAUUGAUUUCUCUCCAGAGGAGUGGGAAUGCCUGGAACCUUCUCAGUGGAAUUUGUACAGGGAUGUGAUGUUGGAGAAUUACAGCCACCUUGAUUUCCUGGGACUUGCUGUCUCUAAGCCAUUCCUGGUGACAUUUCUGGAGCAAAGACAAGGGCCUUCAGGUGUGAAGAGACAAGCAACAGCCCUCGAGCAUUCAGGGACAACACCCAAUGAAUGUAAUGAUUACAGCAAGGUCUUUGAUGAUAAUUCAUUCCUUAUUCAACACCAGAGAAUUCACACAAGGGAGAAACCCUUCAAAUGUGAAGAAUGUGGUAAGGCCUUUAGUUCUCGCUCAACACUUUCUGUACAUCAGAGACUUCAUACUGGAGAAAAACCCUACAAGUGUGAAGAUUGUUGUAAGACCUUUAAUACUCGCUGUAAACUUUCUAUACACCAGAGAAUUCAUACUGGAGAAAAACCUUACAAGUGUGAAGAAUGUCAUAAGGCCUUUAGUACUCGUUCAACACUUUCUGUACACCAGAAAAAUCAUACUGGAGAAAAACCCUAUAAGUGUGAAGAAUGUGGCAAAUCAUUUUACUAUCCAUCAAUGCUGAAGCAACAUCAAAGAAUUCAUUCUGCAGAAAAACCCUAUAAGUGUGAAGAAUGUGGCAAAGCUUUUUAUGAUCCUUCAUUCCUGAAGAAACAUCAAAGAGUUCAUUGUGGAGAGAAACCCUACAAGUGUGAAGAAUGUGGGAAAUGUUUUUCCUAUUCUUCAGACCUUAAAAUACAUCAAAGAAUUCACUCUGAAGACAACCCCUACAAGUGUGGUGAAUGUGGCAGAGCCUUUUCUAAGCUUUCUACCCUUGCUAAGCACAAGUUUGUUCAUUCUAGAGAGAAAUCGUACAAGUGCGAAGAGUGUGGGAAUGCCUUUGCUUCUAAAUUUUCCAUGGUUCAGCACAAGUUAUGUCAUAUUGGAGAGAAAUCCUACCAAUGUGAAGGAUGUGGCCAAAUGUUUUACUCUACUUCUGACCUAAAGAAACAUAGAAGACUUCACUGUCAAGAGAAACUGUACAAGUGUGAAGUCUGUGGAAAAGCCUUUUCUAGCAAUUCUUCCCUGACUCAGCACAAAAUAGUCCAUACCGGAGAGAAACGACACAAGUGUGAAAAGUGUGGCAAAAAGUUUGCCUAUCCUUCAAAACUGAAGAGGCAUGAGAGAAUUCAUAGUGGAGAGAAACCCUACAUAUGUGUAGUGUGCGGCAAGAUCUUUUGUACUCAUGCAGAACUUUCUGUACACAAGCGAUCUCACACUGUAGAGAAACCACACAAAUGUGAAGAGUGUGGGAAAACCUUUUGUAUGCUCUCAUCCCUUCCUCUGCACAAAUUGCGCCAUACAGGCGAGAAAUCUUACAAGUGUGAAGAAUGUGAAAAAAUGUUUUACUCUACUUUAGACCUUAAAAAACACCUAAUAAUUCAUACUGGAGAAAAACCAUACAAGUGUGAAGAAUGUCACAAAGCCUUUCGUAAUCAAUCAGCCCUUAAUAGACACAAGGCGGUUCAUCAGGAAAGAAACUCUACAAGUGUGACGAAUGUGACAAAGUCUUUACCUAUUCUUCAGACCUUAAAAGACAUCAAAAUAUUCACUCUGAAAACAACCCACACAAGUGUGGGGAAUGUGGCAAAGCCUUUGUUAAUCUUUAUAGCCUUACUCGACACAAGACAGUUCAUACUGGAGAGAAAUCCUACAAAUGUAAAAAGUUUACAUAUCUUUAGCACUUAAAAGACAUCAAAUAAUUCAUUCUGAAUACAAAUUCUGUGAGUGUGUGGAGUAUGGCAAAAUCUUUGGUAAUCAUCAGAACUUGUCCAACCCAAAUGAAUUCAUAGUGGAGAAUAUUAUUACCUUAAUUAUUUUAGAAUCUCAACAGGAACAUCUGACUUCCACCAGCACAAACGCUAAGAAUGUCACCAAAGAACAGUAGAGACUUCUCUUUGUUGUAACCUCCCUACCAGUUUCUUCAAGCAGUGUGUUUGAAACUUGCCUUGACUUAUGACUUUUUCUUCUAUAACUAUAAUUGUUCCAUAAAACUUACCAUGUCAAAACUUU